CUGUUGAAGAAGAAAUGGUGGAUUUUAAAGGCCCCGAAGAAUUUUCGGCAGAAAAAAAUAUAUUAUCAGAUUCUGAGAAUCAUUCAUCUGUUACUGUGACCACCCUCGACCAAGCUAAUACUGUUAGUCGGGAUGAUUUAUAUGUUAAAGAUGCUUUUCUCGUGUUUCGUGCUUUAUGCAAAUUAUCUAUGAAACCCAUGUCUGCUGAAGCAUCUAAAGAUUUAAAAUCUCCUCCAAUGCGAUCAAAGCUUUUGUCAUUACAUCUAAUAUUGGCAACAUUAAACACACAUACACAUGUAUUUUCUUCUCCAAAUGUUAUAUUUGUGUCAUCUACUAAACAAGAGAGCACUCAAUUCGUUCAAGCAGUCAAGCAAUAUUUAUGCUUGAGCUUGAGUAGAAACGCUGUGAGCCCUUUGCCUCAGGUUUUUGAAAUUAGCCUUGAAAUUUUCUGGAAAUGUAUGAAUAAAUUAAGAAGUCAUCUGAAGAAGGAAAUAGAAGUAUUUUUCAAGGAAAUAUUUCUUCCAAUAUUAGAAAUGAGGACAUCUUCAAUGAAACAUAAAUAUGCAUUAAUGAAUAUCCUCUCAAGGAUUUGCAGCGAACCUCAAACUCUAGUGGAGCUUUAUUUAAAUUAUGACUGUGAUAGAGAAGCUUUAGAUAAUACAUAUGAGCGGCAAAAAGAUAAAGAUCCUAAUUCAUCCGCUACAUCGCUUCCUAGUACAUCAACGCAAUCUACAAAUGUAAUUCCACCAUCUCUUGAUACAAAAUCCAUAACUACUAAUACUACAUCACAAUCCCACCCAAAUCUCCCUGCUGAACUUGCAUUAAAAUAUCAGGGACUUGAGUGUCUUGUUUCGAUUUUACGUUCUCUUGUUGCUUGGUGUAGUAAUAAAUCAUCUGUGGAAGGCAUUUAUUAUGAUAAAGAUGAAUCAACCAGGAAAAGUGAAGAAACUGUUACUGAGUUAGCAUUAUCUCAAAAUCCGGCUACGAUACAAAAUACAAGCAAGUCGUCACCAUCAUCUUCUACAAUGUCAGUAUCCGGUUCAUUUUUUAAUGCAUCAUCUGACAUAAAAAGUGCAGUUCCAAAAGCUAUGGAUGAUCCAGAGCAAUUUGAAAACCUGAAGCAUCGAAAACAAGUGCUUCAAGAUGGUAUUAAAACGUUUAAUUUCAAACCAAAAAGGGGAAUUCAAGCGCUGGCGUCAGCGGGUUUUAUUCCUAGCACUGAGCCUUUGGAUAUAGCAAAAUUUUUGUUAAAUACAGAAGGAUUAAACAAGACCAUGAUUGGCGAAUAUUUGGGUGAAGGUGAAACAGAAAAUAUUGCAACUAUGCACGCAUUUGUUGAUUUAAUGGAUUUUUCAAAUAUGAAUUUCGUCGAUGCUUUACGGCAGUUUUUACAAUCUUUCCGUUUACCUGGUGAAGCUCAAAAAAUUGAUAGAUUUAUGUUAAAAUUUGCUGAACGAUAUGUAGAUGGAAACCCAACACAAUUUGCUAACGCAGGCGGAAUUGGUAUUGCGAAUUUUGGUAGCGCUAUUGUUAAUGUUAGAAGAGAUUUCAAAAGAGAAGCAUAUCAAGCUGCUUCCCAAGAGAUGGCAAAUAAAACUGAGAACUUAUUCAAGGCUAUGCUGAGAGCACAACGUCGUGGUAUUUAUACCACAAAUACGACUUUUUACAGUGCUUCUCAUUUUGAACAUGUUCGUCCAAUGUUUGAAGUUGCAUGGAUGCCAGUUCUUGCUGGAUUAUCAGGUCCACUUCAAGACACAGAGGAUAUUGAAACUGCGAGUAUAGCAUUGGAGGGCUUUAAACUUGCUAUUCGUAUCAUAAGCCUUUUCGAUAUGGAACUUGAACGAAAUGCUUUUGUCACUACAUUGGCAAAAUUCACGUUUUUGAACAAUCUAGGUGAAAUGAAACCUAAAAACGUAGAUGCUAUUAAGACUCUUUUAGAUAUAGCAUUAGUGGAAGGAAAUUACUUGAAAGGAUCCUGGCAAGAGGUUUUGACUUGUGUUAGUCAACUAGAGAGAUUCCAGCUAAUAAGUACUGGUGUGGAUCAAACUGUAGUACCUGACUUGCUUAAUGCCAGAAAACAACCAAGACCGUCUUCAGUUGAUAAUGGAGCAAGGCGUAGUAGUUCUGGCUCAAAAAAGUCAAUUUCGUCAAGACCAUCUCAGAUAACAUUUGCAGAAGAUGUUGCAUUGGAAAGCAGGUCAUCCCAUGUGGUCGUUGCAGUUGAUAAAGUUUUUA